GAAGAACUUGGGGCUGUCAGGGGUGCUGCCUUUCGGAUUUCCUUCAGCCUGAUUUGUUGGGUGGGGGGCCGGGCUGGAAGGUCUGCUCACUGCCAAGAGAAAGAGGAGGUCUGGAGAGCUGGAAGUUUAUUCUCAAGAGAUCCUGCCUCUCCGUGGGCUGAUUUGCUCUCUUCUCAACAGAUGGGGAAUGCCUUCAAGUGACAGGGUGAGGAAGUAACAUGGCAACUUUCCUGGCCGCCCAGAAUGCCCACUCCGUGCUCAAGCGCUUCCCCAGAGCCAACGGCUUUCUGGAGGAGUUCCGCCAGGGCACCCUCGAGCGGGAGUGCCUGGAGGAGAUCUGCAGCUAUGAGGAGGUCAAAGAAGUCUUUGAGAACAAGGAGAAGACGAUGGAGUUCUGGAAGGGCUACGCUUACUCUGUCAAGGACCCCAUGGGUGGGACAGGCCGCUCGGACGCCAUGUACGUGGUGAUUCCUCUGCUGGGGGUCGCCCUUCUCCUCAUCAUCGCCCUCUUCAUCAUCUGGCGGUGCCAGCUGCAAAAGGCCACUCACCACCGACCUUCCUAUGCCCAAAGCCGCUACCUGGCCAGCCGGACUGGACGCAGCCUGCCCAGGGUGAUGGUGUACCGGGAGGCCUCCCACAGCCAGGGAGAAGGCAAUGGUCAGCGGGAUCUGAACAGCAGUGGCGGCAGAGGGCGACGGCAGCAGAACGUGGGGCCGGCUGGCCUGGGAGACAACACUCUUCGGCCCCCAGCUGACCCCCCAGCCCCGACCCUCUCCAGACUGUCCAGUGCCACCCCACCCCCUUCCUAUGAGGAGGUGACCGGCCAUCCUGAGAGCAGCACUAAUGGGGGCCGGAGCAGCAGCAGCAGCAACGAGGAGAGCAGCGUCUCCUACAGCGAGCCACCCCCCAAGUAUGAGGAAAUCGUGGCGAGCGCCUCCGCUCCUGGGAAGUGACCUAGUGGGCCAACCCAGCAGCACCUCCUGAGUCCCUGCACCUGGAUGAUGAUGAUGCCACCACCACUGCCAUCAUCACAGAAACCUUAUCCCCUCCCCAGUGCUCACCAGACUCCCAGAGAGGGCACUUCCACGGCAUGCCCUUCCCCUGCUGUGUGGCCAGUGAUGCUGCUGAGGUGAGCCUGCCAGGGAGCCUCUGUGGGCCUCCGAGAGGGGACCUUGUUCUCUGAUGGAGCAUCCGGGACAGCAAGCAUGAAUUGGGGGCCUCUUUGGUCUUUGAGAUGGGUCAGGAAGGGUGCACCUGCUGCCUGCUAUGGGGGUGGUGGAGGAAGUGCUUCUGCCCCUUCUGCAUGAUCCCUGCCUGGUGGGAGCAGGGGGUCCAACCAAGGCUACUUGGGCUGGGCCCUCCAGCAUCUGGACUUCUGGGGAAAGCUACCCUCUCUCAAUUGGGGCUGAAAAGGCAGGAGCAGCCAUGUGGGGAGAACUGGGGCAGGCCUUUGCAACAGCUGAGGGCCAUCCUGUCCGGUUGGGGGCCUGGCCCUUUUUUUGUGUGAUGGGGAGAAGUGGGAGGGGGCAGAAGCCUCUCUGAAGCCAAGGGCAGGGGGCAUAUCUUACCCACUCUGUUCUCCCUCUGUGUGAAUCCUUCCUUUGCUCCUAGUGCUGCUUUGCUGAAGCAGGAGUGCGGGGGGAGGAAGAAGCCCUCUCUUCUUUUCCUCGGCCUGUGCAAUGCUGCUUCUGCCCAGCCACAUCCUGUGCACCUCUGCUGCGGCCCGGCUGCUCCUCCAAAAAAGGAAAACAAGCAGAGCCUCUCCUGGAGGAAAUCAGCCAAAGUCAAACUCGGGGGUUGCACCCCGGGUCCUUCAUCUUGACAGUUGCCACUGCCUGGUACUGUAUAUCUAUUGAGCAGCCCAAUGCUAGAAGAAGCUGUGUGCAUGUGCUUGUGUGCACAACACAACUGUGCACAUAUGCACUGUAUUUCUUCUGACAGAGCGAGCCAGUGGGUGGCUUGGCUCUUCUCUGUUCCUUUUCAUCCUGGGGAGGGAGCCACAUUCUCCCCCCUCCCCCUCCAGGCGCACAGGGAGGAGGGUCUUUUCUUCUGCUGCUGCUUUCUAAUUGCUGCAUCUUCCAGAGCCUCCUAGCUGUUUCCCCCAACCUUUCCCUACCCUCCACCAGCUUCCAUUCCCUUCACUGAGGAGGGCAUUUAAAAGCAGGUGCCUGUAGGAACUCCCCACAGGAAGAAGAGGAUCGGGUUCUCUGGACCUCAAGUCCACAAGUCUGUGGAGAAGGCAGCUGAACGCCAAGAGGUUUGCAGAGGUGCCUGCCUGUUUCCCCAACUCCCGAGGCUGCUACCACCUCCCCUCACUGUGGAGGUUUCCAAAUGGAAUCCAGAAGAGACUCUUCCCUCUCCUUGGCUUUCUGCUCUCCAUUGUCUUGGCUGCUUUCUGUGCAGUCUGUCCAGGUUGGUCAGGACCUUUCUGUGCAGGUGGGGCUGGAGCUCCAUGCCACUCAGUACAGGAUGAGGGCCAUGCAGGCCAGAGGCCAUUGCACCCUAUCGACACUACCGAACUGCAGCCAUUGGAGGACCCCUGAAACUCUGGACUCUGUCCCAUGGAAUCUCAAAAUAGUUUAGUGGAGUCCCAGAGAGGUCUCUGCCCAUCCAGCAAGGGAGCUGAGAAGUCUCAAACUCCUUUGCUAAAGGACAAACCCCAGAAUUCCACAGGAUGGACCCCUGGCUGAUGAAAGGUGGUCUGGCUGUCAAAAGUCCAGAAUAUGAAUGUGCUCUCUGUGUCUUGGAGCUGUUUUUAAAAAGCAGUUUUUCCUGUUUCUGGAAAAUGGAAUACCUUUUGACUCAGACUAGGGUUAUGGUUGAUGGCUUCCUGCCUCCCUCUCCCCACCACCACCCCACCUCCAAUGCAUACGCACUCACUCACUCGUGUGUGGGCAGACAGACAGACAAACAUACACACACACACUUACUUCUCAAUGGUGCUAAGACAUAGCCAGAUAUUACCUGUUGUGUAUUUAUGUAUGUUGUUCUGUUAUAUUUAUUUAUAUAGUUUGUUUAAAGCAAACCAAACAUCAUUUAACAUGGGAGUUACACUGCUUUUUUUUUU